CAGCUUCCCGCCUCUAACACUGGAGGGCAGCACUACGCCGUCAGCCGGCAAAUCUGCCUGAAAUCAAACGAAGAAGAAGAAUUUUCAAACAGCUUUGGAACCGGGAAGAAGAAGCUUCUUUCAGCCUGGAAACAAACUGUCAACAUGUGUGAUCUGGAGGACGUCAGCCUCCACAUCCAUGACAGGAUCUCCUCACUCCGCAGCGUGCUGGACCUGGCAGCUGUCGAAUUGCCUCAGAAUAAGUUAAGGAAGCUUGGACAAGAACUGUCUGUUGUGGGGAGACUUCUGGACCAGUUUGAGAAAUGUGUUGCUCUGCAGAGAGAGCAACUGAACCAUCUGAAGGAACUCGAGGAGUCAUUCAAGGAGAAUUUGGGGGAUGUUCAGCACAUGAAGGACAACGUACCGGCUCACAUGCCCAAGAGAGGCCCGGCAAAUGGGGGGGAAGCUGCUCUGGAGCAGGAUGAAGCUGUUCAGCCAGCACAGCAGGAGCCAGUCAAGACAAGCAACAAGAAGUGCAUCAAAAAGAUGGAUGUCAUCACUAUGCCAGAGUUUGAGAGCAUCCCUCAGUACAUGAGAGGACGGGUGUCCUACGAUCAGCUGAAUGCUGCGCUGCAGAGCAUCAACACAGCUGUGACUGCCAAGUACAAGAUCUUCCAUCAGUUGAAAACUUUCAACAACAACACACGCAAGCUGUACCAGCGCUUCAAAGAGCAGCAGACCAAAGAGACCAAAGGUCACUAUUUCGUGGUGGAGGAGGACAUCCGAGAGUUUGCUCAGAUCAAGGUGGACAAACGCUUCCAGGGGAUUCUGAACAUGCUGCGACACUGCCAUCGUAUCCGAGAGCUGCGGGGGGGCGGCCACAUCCGCUACAUGCUGUUAUGAUCGAUUCACACUUUGCUUAUAACAUACAGGAACCUGUGCAUGUAUGUAUGUUGUUGUGGUAUAAGUGAUAAUAUCUUUCUUUCUUCUAUGUUUUGUAUUAUACUGUUACAUUUGUAAACAACAUUUUGUGUUUCAGGCAACCAGAAUAAAAAUGGUUGCUUAAAAUAAUAAAAAUCAGUAUCUGAUCAUUCUGUGGAAAUGCUGGAUAAUAAGAAACAGUGUUGAAUGAAUAUAGAUUAGAUAUAAGUUCUUCCAGAAUUAAUUAAUACUAAAUGUUUUUUAUAUUUGCUAGAACGUAUCGACUGAAAAGAUUUGCUGGAAAAUGAAAUGUCUAAGCUUAAGGGUUUAAACCUGAUGAGUGAGUUCAACUGAAACAAUUGGAGCUUUGAAUUUUUGAAUUUUAUUUUUUUGACUAUGGUAAAAACGUUAAUUGUACCAAUCAGGUUGAGUUAAUUGAACUUAAGUCUUUUAAUUAUUUUAACUCAAAAGUUGAAUUUCUCCAAGCUUAAUAAAAAUGUAAUCAUGGAAUUUACUGAAUAAAGUAAGCCCAAUUAAAUCAA